UUCUGAAAUUGACUUCGAUUUUACAUUAUUAAUAAAAUAGAAUGACGCAUCAGGAUCCGCGUAUUUUCUUAUAACGGAGGUCGUGUGGCUGCAGUGCCCCCCCUCGGUAAAUCCACUAUGGUUGAAACCUUUCGAUUGCGCUCUGAGAACGCGCACUAAACCGUACGGGUGCGUCAACGUGGGAUCUGUUCACUUAACGUGGCCGCGGAUCGCUGCCAGGCGUUUUAAACGGUUUUUUUUUUUACACACCAUUUGUUUCAUGGAAGCGACAUCAAAAACACCGUAGGUUUAUUUCUCGUGCCCGGAGAGUGCGGUCACCGGAAGAUAGUUGCAACCUUGGACUUUUCCCUCGUCACGCGCACUGACAGUGGGCUCUGGCCGGGUUCUGAGAUGACAGAGGUGGAGCCGGUGCUGGACUUUGCCACCUCGGGGCGAUCGGGCCGGCGGAACGCCCUGCCUGACAUCCUGGGUUCUCCGGCAGGCGUGGGCCCCACGGAUCUACCCCUGAAGCUGGCCGAGCUCUCCCUCAAAGAUGGGCCGGGGACCGCCCAGUCACCCACGGGGGAGGUUCCCCAGGCGUCGGCGGAGAGCUCGUCGGAGGGAGGCGACGGGUCGUAGGGACCACCGCGCAUGACUCCCCUCCCCCCACCCGUCCUCUCCACCCACUUUGAAUGGGAUGGGGGGGAGGGGGGUGAGAGGGGGGGGGAGAGAGGACCUGAAGAAAUCACAAGAGGGAGAGAAAGAGAGAGAGAGAGAGCGUGAGCGAGAGAGGAAGAGAAGCAGUGGUCCUUGUUGCGUUAGCACCGAGCUGCGCGGCGGCGGCGGCGGCGGCGGCGUUAGCAGACUAACCCUUGUCCAGAGGACGCCGAGGAAGCCCUGAUGCCUUCACGCUCGCCGCCGCCGCCGUCUGACGCGCAGACAAACAGAGACAACGACAUGUGAAUAGAAAAAGAACCCUUUUUCACCCCAGUGACUGUUAUGCACCCCAACACACACAUACACACACGUGUACCUGUGUGGUCCGUGAGUCCUCUGCCCCCUCUCUCCCCCCCCCCCCUACGUCGAGUCGUUACGGGGUUCUUAACAAACAAUGUCUAUACUUUGUAGUGUCUGCACUGCUGUUCUCCUAGGAGGUUGUAUACCGUGGAGCAGGAGGAUUUGGACGGUGACCGUGGACCAUGUACAGAGAGACAACCGGCAGCUUUCAAACAGACCGUGGGACCGGGAGGUGGUUGGCGGGGGGGCAGUGGUCCUCCUCUGAGGUUAGGCUGAGGUCUGACGAUGCAUACAACAGUGUGUGUUUAGCCGUAGGACAUACAUGUGUGAGGGGGUGGAGUCUGCGUGCAUCUCGGUGGGGGGAAGACUCCUCCCACGAAUCAGUAAUAAGCUGAAUGCUGUUUUUUUUUUUAAACAUGGACCCCUUCAGAAUUGGAAGAAUGUUUGGAUUGGCAAAUCAUGACAAAACCCCCACGAAUUGUGACUGUUUAUUUUCCUGAAGGGGCUUGGGUCUGUGUGUCUAGGGAAGGGGGGCUGCUACAAUGUUCCAGCCUCUCAAGACAGUUAUCUUGGAGACUAAUAUUUUGUGACUUUCCUGAAAAGAUAUGGCUUUUCACUGCCAGGCUUCAUAGACAUACACGCGUGCACAUACACACACGCGUGCACAUACACACACACACACACACACACACACGCAAGAUGGUUUAUUUAGUGCCGGACCAAGGCGGUCUUGAAGAGGCUAUACUUUCAUUUCCUUUUAUUCAAAAAUGUGCCUAUAGUGGCAGUGUUUUCAGCCCCGGAGGUAGUCCCUCUCUGACGCAGCAUUAAACAAUAAGAGGCUUCGCUGAUAUAUUGUUUUCCAUUUUUAUUCAGUCGUAUUCAAACAACACUGAAUAAUACAUCCUCCCAUGCUACACAGACGGAACAACGUGUUCAUCCAGCGUUGGAUAAACUCUGGCAUUGCCAUUGAACUCUCGACACUCAAAGAAAGAACUAAUGAAUCAACAAGCAAACCGACCAAUGAGAGGCGCCAGGCCACCCGUGCACGCCUGGUGUCGGCAGCAUAUGCCCGCCAAACGGGAAGCGAGGGGACGCAAUCCCGGUGACGAUCGCCAACCAUGUGUUUCAUGCGCCGUCGCGGCGAAAGAAUUAAUCACACACUCACCAAAAAAAAGAUGGCAGCACGCACGUUCCUCGCUCCUUCUGUCCCGACACCCCCUCAAAGGCCCGUUCUGCGGGGAGCAACGUGGAAAAAAGGAAAAAAAAGUGUUCACACUCAUCAACACUUCAGCUCGACUGCGAGGGAGAGAGCCGCAGGGAAUGAGAAAAUAUGGCGAGGAAAAAGAAGAAGAAGAAGAAGAAGAAAAAGAGAGCGAGUGAACAUGGACACAGCUCUCCUGUAACACGUUAUCCCGAUGUCUGAUCCCUGAGGCUGUACUGUACAUAGGCCUAUGUUUUCCCGUGUACAUGUGUGUGAUUCAUGACAUGGUACUUUUUCGACUGGGUACGAUGGAGAUGUUUUGACACUGAUUCUUGUCCGUCUGUGGUCGUGUUACUAAAAAAGGGUCUUGCCAGUCCGCUGUUGACGUUUGUUUCUUCUCUUGCUUGGGAGGACAUUGUAUUAUUAAUGACAAGAAACUGUUUCAAAUUGAUGAUGACCAAAUUCAGAGGUGUAUUUUUGUUCCGUCUUGAUCAGGAGUGGUUCAUAAUUUAGUUUGAUAUGUGGAUCCCAUACCAAUGCAAUGUGUUGACUCUUAUCUGGUGGUGGAAAAAUGCCAUAAUAAAUCCCUGGUCUUUGUAUA